AUGGACACGUGGCUCUGGUAUAUGGUGUCUGUCAUCGUUGUGCACCGAAAAAUCCGCGCACCAGCAGCUUUAUUUUGCUUUGGUAAUAGCAAGAGCGAUGUAUCAAGAAGUGUUUGUUGGAUAAUCAGUUACGAGUUACUUUUAUCUGGCAUCCACAGCAUUCAUACAGAUGGUUAUCUGUGGCCCAUGAUCGCGCAAAAAAGUGCCAACAACUUCUGGCCAAGCAAUCCGCCAACAGCCCUUGACAGCCGAGCCAUCAACUCCCGAUCCCGACGUCCGACCUACACUCUUGUUGCUCCUUCACGAAAGACAAGGGACUUCUUCGAACGACCACAUAAGUAG